UAUGACGUCCACGGCCCAGGAAGAGACUUCGACCAGAGACCACAAGAGACUUCUAUAAGUACCCUCUGUACGUGACAUAGACAAGCAGCCAGCAUGUCAAGCAACACAGUGGACUACAAAGACUCGCGCAUUGAUCCAGGCGGUGACAAGCAGUAUGAUUCGUCUGCCUAUGGGACCACGACCGGCGACUUGAAGUCUGACAAGUACGACCAAGGUGUCUUUGGCGCUGGUGACGACAAACAGGAAGACAAGAAGCAAGAGCAGCCGCGAGAGAAGCAGGUCGAGGCGAACAUCACCACGCAAUCCACUUCAAGCGGGCAGGUCGCUGGUGAGGGCAAAACACACGAUGAGAGCAAAGCCAAGCAGGUCCAAGGAUACAGCGCGACGGGCGACAUGAACCCUGAGGUGGGUGCAUGAGAAGGCCCUUCUUAUACCUCUAUGAAUGACUACAAUGAGGGUAAAUGCCAAUGUAUUUUGAUGUAAUGAACAAGGAUCAUGCUACCUGACCACCUUGACCUCACCUGCUCCUGCUUCCAGCACCACCUCCGUCGCUGCCAGAUCCACAGGAAUCCGCCCAGUAUACGGCAAUGCUCCCUUGCGUACAAAGU